ACUGAGCUCAGCAGAGACAGGAAUUAAUCUACGCUGCUGUUCCCCAACCUGCUACUUCUCUCCCUCGUAGCUGACCUAGUGCUUCUUUGCUUUCCCUCAUCAUAAGGAUGACAAGUCAUUCUGGGAACUUCAGUACCAGCUCCCUUACUUCUCCCAAAGCCUCUUAUAGCUGGGAAAGAGAGUGCUCUCCUUCGCAUUCUCCUCAUUCUUUAAGGGAUGGGGCCUGCAGCAGUCCUACCAUGGGAGAAGCCAGCAAGAAAAGCUUCAGUUCCUCCAGCCUCACAGGACAUGGCUACUAUUAUACAUAUCCAAGAGUGUCUUUCAACCAAGAUCUCUUGGAGCCAAUCCACCUGGAUGUUGACCCAGCUCUCCAGGAGAUAAAGACCAAAGAGAAAGAAGAUAUCAAGAUGCUCAAUAACCAAUUUGCUGCCUUAAUUGGGAAGGUGCAAAGUCUGGAACAACACAACCAAGUUCUGGUCACAAGAUGGAACUUUUUGAAAGAACAAGACAAUUCCCUUUCUGAUUUUGACAUCAAACUUCUCUAUGACCGGUACAUGAAUAAACUGAAUCUCGAAAUGCGAUCUAUAGAUGCGGAAAAAGAACAGCUGGACUCAGAAAUUGAUGAAGUGCUAGUUUCUAUGGAUUCCUUCCGAAACAAAUACGAAGAAGAAAUAAACAAACGCACUGGGAUGGAAUUCACCUUCACAACACUCAAAAAGGAGCUUGAGGAAGUCAUGUCCCAGGUCAAAGAUGUUUCAGUUGUGCUGGGGAUUGACAACAACAGAUACAUUCCUGACCCCCAACAAAUUGUGGAGGAUGUGAGAGCUCAGUAUGAAGAUCUGGCUAUGAAAAGCUGGGAAGAGUUGGAGGCACUUACCCGACUCAAGCUGAAUGAAAGGGAAGUGUUAUGUGCUAAGUAUGGGGACCAUCUCCUUAAUGAUCGGAGGUUGAUUGCUGAAUUAAAUAUACAGAUCCAAAAACUGAGGUCUUGCAUUGUCUCUCUGAAAAGCCAGUGUCUACAUUUAGAAGAUAACAUCAAAGAUGUUGGUCUACAAGGAGAAACGGCCCUCCACGAUGCCAAAGCAAAACUGGCAAAAUUGGAAGAUGCCCUUUAUAAUGCCAGGCAAGACUUGGCUCAGCUGGUUAAGGAGUACCAAGAGCUGAUGAAUACCAAGCUGGCUUUGGACAUUGAGAUUCUCACUUACAGGAAACUAGUAGAAGGAGAAGAAAUCAGCAUGGAGUCUCCAUCACCUGCAUUCAUUAGCAAAAUCUACUCCAGACCAAAGUGCUUUUUACCCGACUCUGGCAUCCCAAAUGUCCCACAUGUGGCAUCAGGAGCAAAAGAUUUGACAAAUAAAAUGAUCCAUAGUGGAAGCAGUUUGAUAACUGGACUUUCUAGAAGUCACAAUGAAAAUGAAGCCCUGACUGAGACUCUAUUUGCCAGAGCCCCCAGUGAGACGCGUGACAAUAUCCAAGAGAGCUCUGAUUUUGGAAGUCCAAGUCCGAGAAGUGCAGAAUUUUCCAGAACUCAAAGUGGGGAAAGCAGUAAUUCCUCUGGACGUAGGUACCAUAGUUGCAGAAAAGAAAGUGUGCCAGUUGGUUACCGGUCUCAAAGCCAAGGCAGCAGAGAGUUUACAGAGAAUGCUUUGCCUAGAAGUCUCAGUGGUGAUAUCUCAGAAGACAGCCUUUUUAGAAGUUAUAGUGGGACUAGCGCGUCCUAUGUAGAAGGCUGGCUUUCUAGAAGCCAGAGUAAUGAAAAUGAAUGCAGAAAUGUUCAUGAAAAUGAAGGAUAUGCCGAACCUGUUUCCACAAUCCCAAAUGCUGAAGAUGAUGGGAUCUGUGAAGGUGGCAUUUCUGGAACUCACAGUGAGAUAAACAGGGAUAACUCACAGGUCAGCCUAUCUAGAAGCCAGAACGAUGAACCUGAAUCUAGAGACAUCCCUGAAGAAUUUGCUGAACCUAUGCUUUCUAGAAGAAGAAGCACUGAAGAUGGUGGAGUCCCUGUAGGUGGCCUUUCAGAAAGCAACAGCAAGGCCAGCAGAAAUAGUUCACUGGAUGACUUUUCUAAAAUACAAAGAGAUCAAAGUCAAGACUCUACAGAUGCCAUCUUUAGUCAAGGCCACACUGAAGGUACACAGGAGAGCAAUCUUCAUAAUUACCCCAGCAAUAGUAACACAGCCUAUGUAGAGGGUAGUGUUUCUGAGAGUCUUAGUGAUGAGAAAAAAUCUGUCUCAAAGGAUGGUGGCUUUAGAACCCCAAGUAUAAGAAGUACAACAUUAAGUGACAGUGUGUUUAUCAGAAGUCCUACUAGUAUAGAUGAAGGUCUGUGUGAGGAAACGGAUUUAAAAAUUCAUAGUAAUGCAAGAGAAAGUGCUUUGGAAAGUAAUAUUUCAGGAGAUCCUAGUCCCAGAAAUGAAGAGCUUUCACUGCCUGAACUUCCUAGACUCCACACAACAGAGAACAGAGACAUCCCAGGUAACAAUCCUGGCCUUUUUGUGUAUGGGAGAAAAAGCAAAUCAGAGAGUGGUUUUUCUAAAAACUACGCCAACAGAAAAGGAGGCUUAACUCAAGGUGUUUUUGCCAGACCUCACAGUGUUCCAGAUAAAACUGACUACUCUAGCAAUCUGACUGAUGGAAGUGGUUUCGUCAAAGCUGUGGUUUCUAGAAUCAACAGAGGCAUUUUGGAAGGUGAUUCCUCCAGAGGUCAAAACAGCACAAGAGGAGGAUUUCUGGAUGUUGACCUUAUGAAAGACCAGAGUAAAGAAAUCAAAGAAAAUCAUGGGGAUAAAAGAUGUCCAGAUUAUGAUGUCAGAAGUGCAAAUGAGACAAAGGAAGGUGUCUUACCGUCUGGUCGUUCCAGAAUCGAACAUGAACAAGCAGUCAGCUUUUCUAGAAAUCUCAAUGAUAGUAUAAGUCCUGUAGAGACCUCCACUCCUAUUCAGGUUCACAGAAAGAAGGAAGACACUGCUGAACAUAGCUUUUCUAGAAGUCACAGUGAAGAAAGUGGGAGCUUUAAAGCAGCUGAUUUCUUAUCAAGAAGCUCCAACGAAGAAAGCAGAGAUAUCGAAGAGGCCAAUAUUUCUACUAGUUGUGACAAAGAAAAUGAAAAAUGUACAGAGGGCAUGAUUUCUAGAAACUACAGUUAUAAAUGUGCAGUUACCUCACACCCUAGAACUGAAAGCAGCAAGGCUGAAGGUGUUCUAGAAAGCGGCCAGUUCUGAAAGCGGAAGGCAUUCCCCAUCUGGAAUUUAUAUAGGCCAAAGUGGUGAAAGAGAAAAUCAGUCCGAAGUUUCCAGAAGCUACAGCAACGCAGAUGAAGUUGCAAUGAAAAAUCCGCGUAUAAGCCAUGACAACAGAAAUGAGUGAAAGGCCAGCAUCCUCAGAUCCCAUUACCUUGCUCUGAUGUGUAUCACCUCUUCUGGUGAAAUGUUAUUAUAUUACAACUAUUCACAAAGUAAGUGUCUCACAAACACAUGAAUAGGACUCUGAUUCCACAUUCUAGAAGCUUAAGUUCAUCUAAAGACUGAUGGAUUGUGGAUGGGGAAUCCAUAAAAAAGUUUCUGUUAUCAACAUAACGAUAAGACACAGAAUUCUGCAGGCUUGAAGAUGCUUACCCAAUCUUCUUUGCCUAUUAUAAGUUGUGAGUCAUGUUCAGAACAUGUUUUAAUGCUAUACUUUAUGGUGAGGGGACUAAUAUUGCAGUUAUAGUACAGAUGUUAACUGCUACAAAACAUAAGCCAACAGUAUAUAAUUUUUAACCAGUAUUAUUUACUAUAUGUUGUUUGUUGUACCUUUUCUGUUAUUUACAUAUAUACCAAAGUUUAAAUAUGCAUUAAAGCAAAUUGCAUGAGGCUUUGCAAGAAAGCAUAUUAGAUGGAAGCCAGUUAGUCUACUUCAUUGGUGAUCUUUGGGCUGAUUUCAGGAAUUCUCUCUUGAGUUAAUCCACUGCAUUCUUAAAGGCAAAAAAAAAUUUUUUUUUCAUUUGCUUAGAAGGUUUUCAUGAACCUUAAUGGACACAGGUAUGCUUAGUGAAAACUCACCAGCCAGUUCCUAAAGGCGCUGUUUUUAGCUGAGUCUGUUAUUAAUCUGUUUUGUUUUGUAUGCCUCAACAUUCUCUUAGGUUGCUUCAUUUCUAUUAUUUGCACACCUAUGCAGAUGGAUAAGCACAAUGCAAAGGCUUCGUACAUUGCCUGGCCAUUGUAGAACCCAAUGUCAUGCAUCCUUUUAUCUUUGAUUGUAAGCUCUGAGCACAGUCUCAAAUUUAAAUCUUCACUCAAGCCUUUGAACAGACAGCAAUUCAGCUGCAGAUAAUUGAAAAUAGAUCUAAUGCUUGCUUUUCAGUGAGGUGAACUUGUGGCUAGGAAUGGGUAGAAAUAUUAGUAACUAUCAUUUAACUCAUAGUUUUGUAUAGCAAUUUGCAGGCAGAAGAAGGAGGAGGGAAAAUGUGAAAAGUAUAGUUGAAAACAAGCUAAUGACGCUUUGCCCCAAUUUCGCUCAUAUUCUCUAUCAAAACAUAACCACAUUAUGUUUAUGCUAGCAUGUUGUAAUUCUGGGGACAUGGCAACAGGUGGGUGAAUAUUUUUUGUAUAUUUAUAUAAACCUAGAAAGUGGCAUAUGCCUUUUCUUGUAUUUUCAAACUAUAACCAGAAUUAUAAAACUGAAAUUAGGAAUCUGGUGAUCAGAGCUAAAAAAAACAAUUGAUAAGAAAUUAAAAGUACAGCUUAACCAUAGACUAAUUGGUUGAGCUGGUUGGAUGAGAAGUUACAUAUCUUCAUUCUCUUAUUCCUAUCUGUGAUGGUACAAAAGCUAAGGGCCCGAGUCUCAGGUUUGUUGUAGGACUGAAUUUGAUAAGUAUGAAAAUGCACCACUUCCAAAACAGGAUAUUUAUAUUUAAUUCCAAGCGUUGUAUUAAUGUCAUUUGUCUCUCUGUUCUCCAUCAAUUAAUCAGCCAUUCAUUAUUUCGGACAUGAACAGGAAUUAUAUAACCUUUUGGCCAUUUCUUUUGAGCCAUAGUGGCGCAGUGGUUAGAGUGCAGUAUUGAAGGCUACAUUUGGUGACUACCGGCUGACUGCAAUUUGGCACUUCAAAUCUCACCAGGCUCAAGGUUGACUCAGCCUUCCAUCUUUCCG